AUGGAAGAACCAACUUCAAAGAAAACCCUAAACCAAGCCAUUAAUAGGAAACUAAGGUGUGCAAUGGAAAAUCAAGUUCAAGGAUCAAUGGAAGAACAAGCAACUAAGAAGAAAAAAUAUAUUCCAAAGUGUCCAGCUAUGUCAAUUGAUGAGUACAUUAGUAAGAAUGGCCAAAAACAAGACAUGGAACAAAAACAUGAGGGUGAUAUCAACUACGAAAGUGAUGAAAUUGAGGAAGAACUUAAUGAAAGUAAUUCUGAAGGGGCAAUACCAAUGAGGAAACGAGGAAAGACAUUAUGUUUAAAAAUUCAUGCACGACAACUUGAAGAAAGACAAGACAUCACUCUAAAUGACCUAGGAGAACCUAUUGGGCCAGAUGAUAGAAGAGUUUCUGAAUUUACUAGCUUUUUGGGAACAAUAGGAAGAAGUUCAGAUUUUUGCCCUCUUAACUACACUAAUUGGAAGGCUUUGGACAAAGAUUCAAUAUGGGAUUAUGUCAAUCAAAAGUAUAUCAUUCCAGAAAAAGGCAAGAAGGUUGUGUUUCGUAUUAUAAAUGAUGCUUGGUGGCGAUAUAAAUGCUACAUUAAAAAGGAGCAUUUUAGCAAGUAUGAAACCUUGCGUGAGAGAUUGAAAAAUCGUCCUCAAGAGAUAUCAGAAGCACACUUUAAGGAGUUAAUGGAAUAUUGGAGACUUGAACUUGUUCAAGAAAUUAGUCAAAAAAAUGCCCAAAAUAUUGCUCAACAAAAAUGGAGACAUCGAAAAGGGCCUAUAAGCUUUGCUCGUAUAAGGGAAAGAUUGCGUGCAAGUAAGAAGGAUAAAGAAGCCCCUACUCAAGCUGAAAUGUUCAUUGAAACUCGACAAAGUAAGAAUAAAGAAAAGCCAUUGGAUUUGGAAACAAGUGAUGCAAUUGUAAAGCUUCAAGACUUGAUUGAAAAUUCUGGCCAAUCUUCUUUUGAGGCUUUUCAAUCAAUGUUUGGUAAAGAAAAACCAGGGAGAGUGCGUUGUCUUGGAAAAGUUGCAACUCCUACUCUAUUGAAAAGAAAUAAAGAAAUUUCAGAAAUUGAAAAAAGACAUGCUAAUGAGGUGAGAGAAUUAAAUGAUAAGAUCCAAGAGAUAGAAGAAAAAUGUAGUAGAGAAAUGGCUGUAGUAGAGGAAAAACGUCGUCAGGAAAUGGCAACAAUGGAUCAAAAAUUUCAACUUCUUUUGAAGGUCGUACUACAUCAAAACAGCUCUGAAUUUAAUGUGGCAGCUUUUGCAGCUUUGCUAUCAACUCCAGCUAAUGCUAAUAGUGGUUUGCGUUCUUCUGCAUCAACACAUGCUCCAGAUAAUGAA